UUGUUUUUUAGCAAAUAAAUUUAAAGUAUCUGGUAAGAAAUUCUCAAAAUUACACCGGUUACUCCUCCAUUAUUCUAAAAAUUUAGAUUGCCCUUCAGUGAAAGUGCACUGAAAGUUUCUCCAUUAGAGAGCUAGUUAUGAUGUGAUAUUUGUUCACUCCCACGUUGAACUCAUAUUUAAGGUGAGCAGAUGACCGUUGAAGCUGCUUUCUAGUUUAAAACUUUGCCACACAUCAAUCUGCAGUAAGAAAAGCGUGUUUUUGAGUAAAAGAAGGAUUUUAACAUAAGUCAAAGUAGAGAGAUUUUCAGAUUCUGACUUGUAGAAAACCUUUGACCUGGAUAACUGAGAACCUUUGCAGUAAAAUAUCUUGUCACAACUAAUAAAAUACCUUCAGCCAAGUCCGAGGGAAUUAUAGUCAAGCAUAAAACAAACGAUGGGAAUAUAUUUUGCAAUACGUGAUACUUUAGGACAGACUCCAAUGUUUCUACGUGACCUCAUGCAUCCAGCAGAGGAGAUGAGUUGGGGUUGGGCAGUAGAGGAUCGAGCCCGUCCGGGGCAAAAAGCCAAAAGGGCAAAGUGCACAACGUCAACUGAGUAAAGGACAGGACUCGGAUCACAAGAACUGGGACACAGACUUAAACAUUCUCCAGCAGCUCUCUCUCAGUGGGAAUCAUCGGGGAAUCUGUGCCUCUCAUCCUGUGGACUGCCGACUGAGCCGCGGGCGAAAAGUCUUUUUUUGUUUAUCCUCAGAGAAGCACCAGCGUGUGUGAGACUCAGUCCCAGUUAUUGGUCCUACCAGUUGUGGCAUCUUCCAGUGGUAACCAUGACGACUACAGAGCGGCCUAAUGGACUACACCAUCGAAACAUCAGGACCCAUCAGUCAGAAGACGUGUCCAGCUCUGAUGGGGGCCGUGGAAAUGUGCAAGAGGAAGAUUUGAGGCAGUGGCAAAACUAUGCAGAGAGGGUAAAGGUGAGAGUGCUGGCGCAGGUCCAGGAUCACCUCAGUGAAAUCAUCGACAAAGCUCUGAUUGAGUCUGUUCAGCCCCCCAACAACAGCCAGCCGCCAGUUAAUGGAAAGACGACAAAACAACACUCAUCCGGAUAUCAGAGAAUGGAUGAUGGCAAAGUGUUUAUGGACAGAGCGUCACUGUUGGAUGAGCUGUUUGAAAUCAGCCACAUCAGAACCAUCUACCACAUGUUCAUAGCCGUACUCCUCAUCUUCGCUUUGAGCACGUUGGCUGUGGACUACAUCGAUCAGGGCAGGUUGGUCUUGGAGUUUGACCUGCUGCUCUAUGCCUUUGGGAAGCUGGGGACGGUCACCUGGGCCUGGACCAUUAUGUUUGCUUACACCCUGUGUGUUCCCUACUACACUCUGGUGUUUUGGGGUUAUGUGUACCACAAGUUCCCCUACAAGCUGGGUCUGUCUCUGGGGACGGGGUUGCUGAUGUUUGCCGUUCAGACCUGCGUGCUGGGAGUGUUCCCCAUCUAUGUGGUCGUACACCACCAGCUACCUCCUGCCUCACGCUUCAUUGUGAUACUGGAGCAGAUACGAUUCCUGAUGAAAGCCUACUCGUUCAUAAGAGAAACGGCUCCCGUUAUUAUGAAGAAUACACCAAAAGAAGGACAAAGUCCCAGAUUCCCAACAUUUUCCAGCUAUCUGUACUUCCUCUUCUGUCCAACACUCAUCUACAGAGAAUCAUAUCCUCGAAAUAGCCACAUACGAUGGAGGUAUGUUGGUGUUACUGCUGGCAUGACGCUGGGAUGCCUGUUUUACAGCUACUUUAUCCUGGUGCGUCUUUGCAUUCCCAUCUUCAAAACCGACACCAAGCAGCCAUUUAGCAAACGAACAAUGGUUCUGGCUGUGUUCCACUCUGUAUUACCAGGUAUAAUGCUCCUUCUGCUGUGUUUCUUUGCCUUCCUGCACUGCUGGCUCAACCUCUUCGGGGAGCUGCUGCGUUUUGCUGACAGGAUGUUCUACAAGGACUGGUGGAACUCGACGUCUUUCGCCAACUAUUACCGUACUUGGAACGUGGUGGUUCACGACUGGCUGUAUUACUACGGAUACAGAGACUUCCUCUGGCUGUCAAAAAGGAAAUUCCGAACAGCUGCCAUGCUCUCCGUUUUCAUCGUCUCUGCUGUUGUCCAUGAGUACGCUUUAGCCCUGGGCUUUGGCUUCUUCUAUCCCGUCAUGUUCACUCUCUUUGCAGUCUUUGGAGUGACAUUCAACUUUACCAUGAAUGACAAACGAAAGAGUCCCAUGUUCAACGUCAUCAUCUGGAUGUGUCUCUUCCUCGGUCAAGGUGUCCAGGUGUGUCUGUACUGCCAGGAGUGGUACGCACAGAUACACUGCCCGCGGAAGGGGGAUAGUCUGUGGGAGCUGCUGGUGCCUCGAUCCUGGUCCUGCAGCUACGAGUGAUGAAGCUGCUCUUCUCUUGGACCGGAUGAAUUAAUGACGCAGGUGUAAAAAUCAAGGUGGAGCUCUGAACUGAUUGAACAUCGGAGAGGGCGAGGAAGGACAGCGGCUUGAAAGGCUUGUAAAUAGUAAAAGUUCUCUGUGUUUAGUGUGCAGAAGUUUUAUCACGGUCAAGAUGUGGCCAUAACCUUUGUUCAGGUGUGAAAACUGAUUUUUGUGAAUAAGUCUGGAGUGACAGAAUACCGUACAUUAAUUAUGACCUAGCUUGUUUGUUGAUAUAAAAGUGCUUAUCAAGUGCACAGUUUGGUGAAAAUCCAAAAGUCAUUUUCACAGUUUGUGUACAGAUUAAACGCGAUAGACCGUGCUGUUAUAGAGCGCUUUAGACAGGCUGAGGUUUUUCACCCCCAGAUGGAGCAAAUCCAGCUGUUUCCUCAUUUCUAUUCUCGAUGCAAAACUGGGUUUGUCAUGUACAUAGAAAUACACACGAUAAAAAUAAGUACUGUAUGUAAGCUGUAGGAGAUCUUAACUUAUAACCCUAACAUCCCUGAAUGUAAUUCUUGAAAUUUUAAAAUCUAUUUAAAUGUUGUAAUACGGAGCCCUGAAGAACUCAGACCAAAGAAUGAUUUUAUUGUAUAUAAAAUGUUUAAUUGCAUUUUUAUUUUUAAUGUAUUUAUAUUAAACCCAUGUUUGGUUACAAAACCUGAAAGGAAAGCAUCAUUUACUCUUAGCUUCUUAAAGAUUUGUAUCUUUAAUUUUUGGAAACAAGUCAAAUGAGAGGCAACUUGGAUGGAGCCUGACCUGCAGUGUGUGCUGAAUGUUUAAUCCCGCCUCUGUUGACAUUCAGCUGGCAGGGAUUGGUCAGGAGAGCAGGUAUGUUGCAGCAACCAACCACAGGCCGCACGGUGUCUUAUCAGUGGACCACAAAGCCUCUGUGUGUCUGCCCGCAAUGUCAUACAGGAAAGAGAGGAUUAAGGCUGGUACAGUGUUUGCAUUAGUGAUGUAAUGCUCUGUAAACUGAUAUACUGUAAUGCCAUGAGAGCUCAGGGAAGUAGUUUUAGAGGCAGCGCCAAAAGAGGAAUUGCUUUUUCUCUUUUCUACUUUUGACACAGUGUAUAAUAAAAAUGUGUUUUUUGUAUUUUCAUUUGA